AUGACUUUAUCCUUUUUUCAUAAAUCAGGAACUAAAAAAAAGAAAACUUCUACAGCAUAUCCAAAACUGACUUCUUUAAUUCAAAAAUCAAAUGAGCCAUUGGAGCCAGAAGAGAUUGAUGAGAACUUUUUUUAUAAACACAUUAUGACUCAUUUUCAUUCACUCUUUUGUGAUUCUACCAUUGUUUGUAUACCUCAUUCAAAAUCAAUUCAAGGUCUUGUUUUAACAAAGGUCAUUAUUGUAGAAUCACACUGUUUUCAACCUUCCCCUUAUUUUUGUGGACAAUUUAUGACAACUAAACAAAAACAUAAAAUUAUUGCAAUUGAUUAUCCAAUCAUAACUACCAUCACAGGUUUUGAAGAGGAACGUACUGUACAUAUCAUGGCUGAAGAAUCUGUUUAUCUAAAAAAUAAGAAAAUUAAAUUACUAUUAAUAGAUAAAUUAUUGGAAGGCGAGCCACCUAAAUACCAUUAUAAACAUAAUACAAUUACAAUUCCAUCUAUUCGUAACUCUAGAACUGAUUUUGAAUUUCUAAGCAUGUUCCCCGAAAACUUGAGUCCUCUUCAUGAAUUAGAAGCAGCUGUUCAAGAAUUUACAGAUUCAUAUGUAUAUAUUAAAGGAUAUAAUCAAUUUACUGUAGAAAGAAUCCAACAUAUUUAUAUGAAUGCUUACAGAACAAUACUACAAAGAAAUAGAUUACUGCAAGACUCCUGUCGUACACCUUCUGAACAUGAUCAAUUUUUGGAACUAGUAGAAAAUGUGGUGAUGAGCUUUUUACAUAAAAAAAUUUGGAUCCAAACAUUACAGUCAUUACUAGCAACACAAGAUAAUUAUAUUGAUAGUAUUCGUUUUGCAUAUUCUCAUGCUAGUCUUUCACAGUAUUCUUUAAGAUAUCCUAUUUCAGAAAUGUCUCGAUCUUGCUUUGAUGAAGUAAUUACAAAUUUUAGACGACUAGAUUCAGAUAUAUGUCAUGUUGAACCUUAUAAAUCAACUGCAGCAAAACAAUUUGCAUUUACUCCACUUGAAAAAUUAGCUGUUAUCAAGUCUACAUUAGAUUUGAUAUCAUCUGCAGUUCAUGAUUUUGUUAUUAAUUUUGGACAAGAAAAUAAUGGUAAAAAAAAAUGA